GACUGGUGUUUUUAUUAUUAGUUUUGUUUGGAUUACGUUCGAUUUCUGCAAAAGUAUAAGUAUAAUAAUUCUUUAUUCUGACCGCAAAUUAAACAAUGGAAAAUUACUGUUAUCCUGACAUGAUAGAAGAGGUGAAGAGGCUCUUGUCCUUUCAGGAGUACCCGAUUUUGUCAUCCGCUGAUGAAGAAAGCAUGUCGCGUUUCAUCUCACCCAUGAAGCUGUCAAACGCCGGGUUUUUCCGACAAGCAGGGUCUCCCGUGGAUGAAGUGACAUGCUUUGCUUGUUCUGUCACCUUUUCUGGAUGGAAUGGCCAAUCUCCGUUAGCUGUUCACAGGGUGUUAAACCCGGAAUGUCCGUUUCUGAACGAGGUGAGUGAGAACCGGGAAUCGACACAAUCGGCGUCUCUAGCAACAUCUACUAAUGCUGUCAGACGUAGAUUGUUUGAAACACCAGAGCGUGGUGCAGAGCAAGGUGGUGUUGGUGCUGGUAAUACUUCAGGAACUCCUAGUGAACAGCAGGAUCUGCUUCCUAGGUUUGCGCCUGUCUGUGGUGGAAAUGAAAUGCUGUUCGAGACUCACAGAUUGCUUACGUUUGUAGACCCGAGUAAUCACCAGUCAGAAGAAUGGGCAGCGAAUGGUUUCAUAUAUCAGUCCGAGAACAAUGCAGUCAAGUGUGUUUUCUGUGGUAAGGAAUCAAACUUUGAAACUGAACAACCACCUUUCGAAUUCCAUCGAUCCAUCUCAGGAAACUGCCCCAUUGUAAAGUACAUUGAUGUGGGUAACAUUACUAGAGAUCUGGAAACAUCGGUUAAGUCACGGCAGUUGAAUGGACAUCCACAAAGAUCGCUGGCAUAUCUACAUCCACAGUUUGAAGAUGAAGAAGACCGGAAAAGAACAUUUGAAUAUUGGCCGUGUCUCCCACAGACGGAGGAACAACUGAUAGAAGCUGGAUUUUACUUCACUGGCAUCUCGGACAAAGUUGUUUGUUUUGCUUGUGGUUUUGGUCUUCGAAAGUGGAGGCCAACUGCUGAACCAUGGGUGGAGCAUGCCCGUCACUCACCUGACUGUCAGUUUGUCAAGGAGAAAAAGGGGGAGGAGUUUAUACAACAAGCAGCUGCAAUAACUGAGGAUCUGACAAAGUGUGAUCCUCCACAAGAAGGUCCUGUCAAUACCGAAGGUCCAGUUCAUGCAGUUAAUCCAGGAAAACCACAUCUUGAUAUGUCAGCCAUUGCAGCAGCCAUGGAAUGUAAUUACAGCAUUGAACAAAUUCGUGAAGCCGUCCUUAGAUUUUUCAUGUUGUCUCGUGGUCAGUACCCAAACACAGCCAUCCUGCUGGGACUGCUACAAGCCACAGACAGAAACUUUAACAUGCUGCAACAGCAACGGCAGAGAACUCACAUUAAGGAUACAGAGCUGCAGAGAAAGGACAGAGAGCUGCAGAGUAAUUAUCAGGAGCUGCAGAGGGAGAGGGAGGAAUUACAGAGGAAGGAAAGAGAGGCGCGCGCGGCGGAGUUUCGACUUGUGAGAGAGCAGCAGACGCACCACGCUCUGGUCGAGGGUCAGGCGGCCGUCAUACAGAGACACGUCCAGGAGAUUCGCAACAGAAACCAGCAGCUACAUCAGAGGGACCAGCAGCUACAUCAGAGGGACCAGCAGCUACAUCAGAGGGACCAGCAGCUACAUCAGAGGGACCAGCAGCUACAUCAGAGGGACCAGAUGCUGUAUAUUGUAAACCAGCAGUUAGACAACCAGAGCCAGCAGCUGGAGAACAAUCAGCAGAUUAAGGAGAACCAGACGGAGAUGAUCAGACGUCUGGCGGGCGAGUUACAGAAAGUUGGGCGAGAUCCACGAGAAAUACCUGAUGAUGACAGUGAAGAAGAUACAACACCCCCCGGUGUUAUUAGAUGUAAGGUUUGUCUGUCAGAAGAAGUGAACGUAUUGUUCAGACCGUGUCGUCAUGUCUGUUGUGGGUCUCAGUGUGCACCACAGUUCAUCGGACAAGACUGCCCAGUCUGUCGCGGCGCGGUACAAGAGUGGGAGCUCAUUUUCAUAUCAUAGACUUCACGAUUUGUCUUCAUAUCACAGACUUCACAAUUUGUCUUCACAUCGAAGAUUAUCUGAUUUGUCUUCAUAACAUAGAGUUCAUGAUAGGUCUUCAUAUCAUAGACUUCACGAUUUGUCUUCACAUCAUAGACUUCACGAUUUGUCUUCAUAUCAUAGACUUCACGAUUUGUCUUCACAUCGAAGAUUAUCUGAUUUGUCUUCAUAACAUAGAGUUCAUGAUAGGUCUUCAUAUCAUAUACUUAACAAUUUGUCUUUGUAUCAUAGACUUAAAUUCACAAUAUGUCUUCAUGGGAUAGAGUUUUCGAUUUGUCUUCAGAUCAUAGAGUGCAUAAAUUAUUGGAAAUGCAUAUUUUCAUAUUACAGCUUUCACAGCUUGUCAUACAAGUUUGGAACAAAAUGUUUGUUACAGAUUUGACCAUUUUUCAGACAAGAUUAUAUAUAAUGUUCAUUGUAUCUGGAUGGUACACCAAUUUCAUACUCAUAGAUUUAUAGUCUCAUCUCAAUUUUUCUGUUUCUCUUCUUUUCACAUGCUGUCCUUUUAUACUUGUUUGAUUUGUAAAGCAUUUAAUAUGUAAAUACAUGUAUUAUAUAUUCCAUUACAAUAUCUCAUUGUUUGAGUACCUGUUGUAAAUAGUCAUAAAGCAAACUUGGUGCAAAAAAGAACCUUUAAUUUUUUUUUUAACUGUAGUCAGACAUGAGUAUCAGAAUGCACUGGAUGCUUUUUGAAAGAGAUUUGUUCCCAUUGUUGUUUAACAAAUUUGGUAGCUUGAACUGGUUUGAUUUUUCUUGUACCAGUAGUAAUUUUGAUAUAGUUCAAAUACAUGUUUCAAUAGUCAUUAUUACUUUGCAAUUGUUACUUUUGUUGUACUAAUUUACUGUUGAAAAUUAUGUUUUGUACCAUAUGAACUGGUAAAGAUUGUUGUGUAUUGUAAAUGAAUGUUUCUGAACUCAUGCAAAAUUGUAAAAUUAAUUCCAUGAUGUUAUUCAAAGUUUCAUUUUGAUUCAUUACUAUGGAAUUUCAUUGGUUUGUUUUCAUAUCAAUCAAUAAUGUAUGUCUUUAAAUGGCAAUGUUAUAUAGAAUAGGGCUCUAAGCAAAACCUGACUAAAGGUUUUAUAAUAAAUUAGAAAUACGAUUGUUCUGAACACAUUUACAAGACAUAAAAUCAGGAAAGAUAAUUGAACACUAGUUCAGAAAAAAUAAUUACUCCCCCUAUAUAGAGGCUGUAAUAACCCCCCCCCCCCCCCCUCCAGAUAUUGUUCCUAUAUACCUGAUACAUUAUACCUAGAAUUGUAGAAAUGGUAAACCACAUUAUGUUGUUUUUCACAUCUCUCAGUUAAACAUAAAACUGCAGCAAAUAUUUCUGUCACCAUUUCACAUGAAAUCAUACAUGUAUUAAUAUAAGUUAUAAUGUGAACAUUCCAAACCAGAUUCCGGUUAUGGUAAAAUGCAAUAUCUUUAAAGCAACUGCCAUUUGCAGAUGUUUAGCUGUAGAUUAUGUCCCUUUAAUUGCCACACCACUGCCAAGGUUUUGUCUCAUGCAGAUGUGAAUUCUUAGUAUCACCCAUCUUUCAGUUAGUCUCUCACAACAUAUGUCCACAUUUUAACGUUUUGUUUUCACAAAUCUUGUGUUGAUAUUUCUUGGAAAACUCGGAUGAUUGUAAGAAGGAACUUUUAAAAAUGCAUCUAAAUAAAACAUUUCAAUGUUUUAAAACAAUUGUAAUUUAUUAAAAUUGUAAACAUUUUGUUGCUUUUGCUGAUUUAAAAAAAUAUGGUUAAGUCUUUGUUCAAAUCUGUUUGUGCAGAAAUACUUGUUUGUAUAUUUUGACAUACAAAUGUAUUAUAUUAUAUUUUAGGUUUUCUUUUUCUAAACACAGUUUAUGAAUUUUAACACAUUAUGAGUGUGAUUAGUAAGUAUUUAUGUAAUUUUUGUAAUACAUGUACUAUGUUUUGAGUAGUAUAGUUUAUAUGUAGAACAUAUAUUGGUGAGCAUAUUUGUAAAUACACCAAUUUUUAUGCAUUUUGUGGAUGCAUUACAUUGUUCCAGAAUAUUUAAUGUUUUGAGUAAUAUAGUCUAUAUGUUGAAAAUAUAUUGGUAAACAUAUUUGUAAGUGAAUUUUGUUGAUAGCUUACAUUGUUCAAGAAUUUUUAAUAAACAUUUCACAGAGGAAAACAAUGUACACUUUUUAAAAAAUAAAAUAAAUAUUAAAUGUAUUUGAAAUUUAAAAAAAAUUGAAAACAUUUGUAUUCAUUACUGAAAUGCAUUAAAAAGACACCAAGUAAAAUCUGCGUUCUGUAAUGAUACAAUGUUUUAUACAUCUGCAGUUGAAUCUGUGCAUUACUAGGCUUAUAUGGACAAAGAGUGAUAACUGUGUAUAUCCUUAAUGUAAAUUCAGCUGGAGUGGUUUCCCUUAUUAGGCAUUGAGCUGGAUACGUCCCAGUAGCAAUAUUUAUUAAACGGUUUUUGAUCUUACAUACCGACCUUGAUGGUAGGAUUAGAUUAUUUUUGUUCACAUUACCAUUGUAAUCUGAAUGGAAUGUUGGAAAUAUUCUGUUUGUGUUGUGUCCUAGUUGACAAAAUGUUACUUCGUCAUUUAAAAUUAAAUUUUAAAUAUAUAUUUUAAUUAUUUAAGCCUUGUUUUGCUACAUAUUGUUUUACUUUUAUUAUGUCCUUUUAAACUUUGACUUAGAUUGAGGUAUCUUAAUUUGUGUCGGUUAUUCAGUAGUUUUAUCGUUUUAAGAUAUUUUACUGUACAACACAAAAAACCAGAUUCUAUGAUAUAAUACAAUAUUUUAAAACUUCACUGUAUAACAGAUUAGAUUAGAUAGGUUGUUGUGAAUAAAACAUAUUUUAAUAUACUGAUUAUUAAUUAUCAAUGUAUCUCAAUAUAUGUGUAUGUAACAUCAAAUAUAUAGCUAAGUACUUAACACAUGUAAUACAGUAUAUUUUAUUAUAUAACACUGAUAUAUUUGAGCAUAUAACACAGACAUAUUUGACUACACCAAAUAGAUUUCAGACAAAUGUUAAUUCAUAAUUGAGUUUUAUAUGUAGCACAUAUAGUUUUUCUAUAUAACAUCACAAAUGUUAUUGUUUUUGGUUUAUAAUGUUCUAGGUUUUUAGAAAAAAGAUAGGUUGGAGUUUAUAUUUGAAUAACCAGUAAAUGGACAGAUGACAAUAAUUUGACUGAAUUCAUUUAAGAUACUAAUGUUGAAACCAGUGAUAAUGUGUUAAUGUAUUUGAAUCAAUUAGUGCUAUGCAUGUAUAUAGCUUUUGAAACUUAAUGCAUGUUAAAAGUGUCAAAAACCGAGUUGAAAUAGAAAGGAGCAUACCGCUUCUGAUCUUUUCUAUUUUAUUUUCUAUCUGUACAUAGUAAUAUGAAUACAUGUGUAUAUAGUAGCUAAUAAUUUCUUCCUCUCAUGGUGCAGCUAGUAUUAUAGAGAUAAUUGUAUAUUAAUAUUUAUAUUUACAUAUAUUCACGACUUAGCCAUUUUAACAUUCUUUGGGCAUUUCUGUAUUGAAUACAGUCCAUCUCUUAUUAUUAUUAAAGUAGUUUUUGUUUUGUAUAUCACUUAUUAAUGUAACCGGUAAUCAUAUUGGUUAUAUAUAAUAUGCAUAUUGAGCAAACUUUGUAUUUUGGGAAUACAUACAUGUAUAUUUUGUUUUUAAUGUACUUUUAAACCUAUUGUGCCAUACUGAUUUGAUGUUUCAUGAAGUCAUCUGUAAAACCUUUUAACACUUCAUUACAGAAGUUUAAUUUUUAUUUUUUUAUUUUU